GCUUCACCUUUAGUGCAGCGGGCAAUGCACGUCGUCAUCUGUCCUUCCUCCAUCUUGCGCUGACACUAUGCGCUCAGCUUGCCCGCACGUUGUCAAUCGCCCCCAUCCUUCUGCUCUGCCCCAGCCUGUGCCCAAGCAUGCCCUUGCUGUUGGCUUCUAUUACACUAGCCUCCCUCACUCUUGCAACCCUCCAUAUGCUGCCCGACGCUCUUUUUUCUGCCCUUCAUGAGUGGCCUCGAAAUCUUCGGGGCCGUCGGUGCUGCUGCGACCCUCCUUGAGCUAGCAAAGAAAUGCUCCCAGCGCCUGGAGAAAAUCGAAAACACAGACCGCGAUAUUAUAGCCUUACAGAAGAGGGUCAGAACUCUGACCGAAACCAUCACACAGGUCUCUGACGUGCUAUAUGAUAUACGUCGCCAGAAUGACGGGCAAGUCGAGGCCACUGAAGCUGAGGUCGCUGUCUGGAGUCAUAUGGAUGCGGUGCUGAAGCUUUGUAACAAAACCUUGGGCAAACUAAACACGCGACUCGAUUCACUACAUCAUAAACAUGGGAAGUCAAAGCUAUCCGCGCUACCCCCAGAUAUCCUUCGGCGGACAGAUGAUCUGAGCACCUAUAUUUCAGUCUUGAGCACUCUCAAGGGCCUUUUUCAGCUCAUCUUUCAAAGUCAACAGGCUGUGGCUCAAAAGUCUAUGCAUCGCGCUAUCCUUGACAUCAGACAAACCCAAGAGAGUACGUUGGAUGGAAUUCGUCGCGGCAUUGAUAAAAUCAACGACCAAAUGCAGCAACAAGAGAAAGAAAGUCCGCCUAGCCGGUCUGACUCCCUACUGUCUUUUCAGCCGCGCUCAGAUAUUGAUGCUGAGAUCACCAGCCUCAGUGAUCAUCUCAAUGGUAUUAUGAUCGCGGUUACAGGUGUUCAAAAGUCUCGGUCAGUUCCGCGAGCGCCUGCCAUUCGGUCGCCGGACCAAAGCAUACCGCUGAACACUUCCCUGUCAGCCUCGACCCUAGCGAGCAAUGAGGCCAAAAGCCUCGCAAAAGACUCUCUACCCGACAUCACACAUGUCGAACCACUUCGUGAGCUCGCUCAGCGUUUCAAAAAGCAGGCGGAAUACGAUCUAGAGCAUAGAAAGUACAAGGAUGCAGUGCUCCAUCAACUAGAGGCUAUCGAAUGCUUCAGAGAGCUACACGAUGCUCACAAUAUUACCUUUGAGUCUUAUCAUGACAUGAUGAUGGUGUUGGCUGGGAUAUACAAGAAGCUCAAUAACUGGGAAGACGCUGAGAAGAUCCUGAAGAGGGCGGCAAAGCAACCACUCACAUACGAGCAUACUUUGGGCUGGAAGAGUACUGCUCUCAAUGCAAGCCUAGAUACAGAUCACAGAGCAGUCAUCAGUCAUCAUAUGGCUGAACUUCUACUCGAGAAAUUCACAAGCGCUAGCAAGUCUCUUCCUCCACCAGUGGAAGGAACUGGAGAUCAUUGGGUUCCUCUUCACGAAGCCGAGAGCCAAGCUAAGCGAGCAUUUCGAAUACGAAGAGAUCACUACGGAAAGGACCAUGACGAUUUCAAGAAGAGUGUGUUGCUCCUUGUGGACAUUUACACCAAAUUUCGAGAGAAACAGAUCUACGUAGAGACGUACAACGACUUGUACAUAUUGGAUAACGAGCAUCGCCACAACGCGCUACUUAGCAGUCCCUCCGAGACGAACACAUCCCGAUCUCGAUCGUUGGUACCAAGCAACAACUCCGACUUGGUCGGCGCCGUCAAAGACCAUGCGAUGCCCUUUGAUGAUGUGAUCUCCAACAUAAGUGGCGCGACAUUGGAUGAAUUGGAACAAAUCGUUGACGGCAAAUCAAUCAUGAUGAUUGCGAUGGAUUGUAUCAGUCGUGGCCAAUGCGACAGAUGUGAGGCGCUUGUGGACAAGCUGUUGAGACUCGAGGUAGAUCGGGACGCGCCUUUCUCAUACGCCGUGAAAAGAAAGAGAACCGAGAAUUGCCGAUUUCUACUCCGACAUGGCGCCAACAUCAACUGGCUUGACUCGAAUGGACUUACACCUCUCAUGCACGCUAUAAAGUUGGAGAGUUUUGAGAUGGUUGUUUACCUUCUAAGCGAAGGCGCGAACGUCAACAUCACGGGCGUGAGAGGCCAAUCUGCACUGCAUGUCUCUACACAGGAACGCAACGAGUGGAUUUUCGAACUGCUCCUAAAGCAAGACGGUCUGGACAUUGAUGCAACCGACGAUAACGGUUUGACAGCCAUGCAUCUUUGCGCCAAACAAAAUAAUAUCGGUUUUGCUCGAAAGCUUGUACAUGCUGGUGCAAAUCUCGAGAUCAAAGACAAGAGCGGAAGGGACCGCACGCCACUUUGGAUAGCGGUCAAGGAAGACAAAUACGACUUCGCUAGGAUGCUUCUAAAGUCGGGAGCCAAGGUCGAUUUGAAAAGCUUGCCCCAGUCAAGAUCGAGCGAUGUCCGCCACCUGCUCAAGAAACACCAGAGCAGGGAGAUUAGCUCAGGUUCCGGGACGUGAAGCUGUGCGUGGUUGUACAUAGUCGACACCACAACCAGAUGAACAAACCCUAGGUGUGAUGAGACAUCCCCUCCAAUGAACCCACACCGAUAUCUUCCGCAGCAGCUCUCGCCAUUGUAACUUGACAAGUUGAGACCGGAAAUAGAGCAACACGCUGUAGGACGCAACAUAAGGCACGAUUAUAACAUGGGUUUGCAUGCUACAAGGCUAGUAUUUAACUAGUUAAUUCCUAUGAAAAGGUGAACCGGGGUCGGGAGCCGUUGCGGUAACGAGUGGGAUCACACCCGUCUUACUGCACACCACUUACAGGGUAGGGUAAACUUUAGACAAAAGAG